AUGAAUUUGAUUAUUACAAAGCUUAAAGGAUAUAAUAUUUCUGUAGGUUGUCCAGUGAGUUACACCUCAUACGGGGAUUCGUGCUUCAAGGCGUACAACCAAGUAAAAACCUACAGUCAGGCCAGACAGGUGUGUGCAGCGGACGGGGGGCUCCUCGCCAUGCCGAAGGACAGAGACAUGAACGACGUCUUGUUGGACCUCAAGAACGCCGUGGAUCCCAACUCUCCUUUCUGGUUCGGCCUGAACAAACAGAACGGAGAGGGACGGUGGGCGUGGGAAGAUGGAACUCCAUACAGCCCAACCGCAGACUGGACUGGGUGGCAGCCAGGGGAACCCAACAGUAACGGAGGAGACUGUGUCAACCACCUCGGGGCCAGAUGGAACAACGCGCCGUGCUCGUCCGCAUCCAACUUCAUCUGCCAGCUGAAGGACGCGAUCCGCUGCCCCCUCGGGUACUUCCGGUGCGGACACGGACAUGCCUGCACCCUGACCUGGAGGCGGUGUGACGGGAGGACGGACUGUUCGGACGGGAGUGACGAGGACGGUUGUGAGUGCCUGCCGAUUCCUGUGGAUUUCAACCUCGGCGGUAGACUUACAAUGUUACCCAAUCAGCUGGGUCAGACGACGUUUGAAGAGAUAAAGAAUUCCUCUGUCCUGGAGCUGCUCAACAGUUCGCUCACAAACGGACAGAAUCGACAUCCCGAGUUCCGGGAAUUCGCAUCUACAGUGAUCUUCCCGCAAUGUGAUGUACCCAAAGAGAACGACACUACCUGCUCUUUGUCUCGUAAUGCAGACAACGCGACCUCUUGCAUGAACAAACCACUGCUACCGUGCCGUUCGUGGUGUGAGGAAGUCCUCAACAUGGCUGAUCCCCGGAUGAAGAAGCGGUUCCCAUCCUGUGACUUGUUUCCACCACCACAGCACGACUGUUGGAACCCUGAACCAGCGACUAGGAACGGCGAAGUUUGCUACCACGGUGGCGGCAUGAACUACCGCGGCACACGGAGUACAGCCAAGUCCGGGGCAGAGUGUGUGAAGUGGUCCGCAGCGCAGGGAGGGUUCUACCCAGCCGCGUACCCCUGGGCCAACAUGGAUAACAACUACUGCCGUAACCCUACCGGUCUGGGGCGGCCAUUUUGUCUGGUGGAAGAUGGCAGCCAGCAGGAAUGCGACGUCGUUUCCUGCAAUACGAGAGGCUGCUGGGACAUCGGUCCUCCUGACUACGGCAAUAGAAGCCCUAUGAAGAGGUUCUACUACGUGGGAGAAAGGAUCGCCUUCACCUGCAACGAGGGGUACUACAUAAAGCCCGGGUAUCCUACCGAAGUGAGAUGCGUCGAAGGAGGCUUCUGGCAACAUGACAAGCCCAGUUGUUCAGUGAAUUUCGAGGAUAGACUGAAAGCCGACCUGCUCGAUGUGAACAAUCGCAACCUGGCACCUGAGCCUGUUAGCCGUACCCAGCCUGACAACCCUAGCGACACUGAGAACCCUACCAACACUGACAACCCUACCAACACUGAGAACCCUACCGACACUGGGAACCCUACCAACACUGAGAACCCUACCGACACUGGGAACCCUACCGACACUGACAACCCUACCGUCACUGAGAACCGUGCUGAGACUGACAACCCUAACGAGGCAGAGACCCCUACUCGGAUUGAGAACCACAUCCGACCCGUCAUCAGCUUUCAUGGAUCUGUAGAACAGAUCGUUGACUUGGAGGAAAAGAAGGAGCAGCUGGUUGCCUCUGUCGUCAUCCAUUUCACAUGGCAGGACAGCCGACUGAGCUGGGAUCCAAAGUACUACAACAACAUCUCGAAUAUCAGCGUCCCUGGCAGCAGCAUCUGGACCCCUACACUUACUCUGAAGGGGAAUGCUAAUCCUUUAUACCAAGGCCUACCAAAAAUCGUUCCGGUCUGGAUCAGUAGCAAUGGUCAGGUAACCUGGAGUGUAGAAACCCUGACCACCACCGUGUGUGAUGCGGACCCCUUCUACUUCCCUGCAGACACCAUGGAAUGCAACAUCUGCUUUGCUGCAUUUUCUUCAACCAUCGAAUGCCAAGAUGGCAGUCCCUGUGGUGUCCUGUCUAACCAACAACUGGAGGGCGAAUGGUACCGGAAGGACAUGAUCUUCGCAAAAGACAAGACGGAGGCGUGCUUCACUGUUCAGCUGGAGAGGAUCCCGCUGUUCCACAUCGCCACUACUGUUGGACCCUGUGUCAUCCUGGUGACGCUGAUGGUCAUCACAUUCGUCAUGCCACUGGACAGGGGGGACCGGAUCUCGUUCGGAGUGACCAUUCAACUCUCCGUGGUCGUGUCUCUCGUGUUCGUGACGGAUGUGCUUCCUGUCAAGGGGGCGCUGCCAUUUUUCGCCGCGCUGAUCGUAGUGUGCAUGGCGCUGAUGGGACUUUUCCUCUUCUUCACCAUGGCCAUCAUCACUAUUCAUGACAGGCAGGGGAGCCUGUCUCCAAUGGCGAAGACCUUCUUUCUCCGUUACAUGGCAAAGUGCCUACUGCUCGGAGAUCUGACAGAGAAGAAGGUUGCAAGCGACGAUGGAGAGACUGGUCCCAGCAGCAAGAAGCUGGCCUGGCCUGCCGAUGCCAUGGCGGUGGUAGACGUGAAAAGCCCGGCUGAUGUCCGCGAGACAGCCCGUCAGCCGCCCGCGCCGCCCACGCGCCUGGAGGCCGCGGUCUCACGCCUGGAGGUUGCCGUGUCCUCCGCCUCCCGUAACAUGGAGGAGCAGGCCGAGGCCAUGAAGAACGAGCAGGAGGUGUCUGACUACACCCUGCUGGCUAAGGUCCUGGACAGGCUCUGCCUUGUCAUGUACGUCAUCAGCAUUGCCGUGGCCGUGCCCAUGACCAUGUAUCUGGGCAAGUAAAUUAGAGUUGUGUAAACGUGCCUUAACACAACCAAAAAGUGCGACGUGAUUAUUAUGAUUAUUAUGCAUUGAUUCAGCUUUAA